UCCGCCGCCGCGCGGCCUCUCCGGCAAUGGGGGCGUCUGAGCCCCCCAACUUCUCGUGGGUGGCAGAAGGGCGGCUGGCAGGCCUGGCCAUGCCGCGGGAGCCAGGGCACUACCGGUUCUUGCUGGGCCAGGGCGUGCGGCACCUGGUGUCGCUGUCAGAGCGGGCGCCCCUGCACCACGGCUGCUGCCCCGCCAUCCGGCUCCACCGCCUCCGCGUGCCUGACUUCAGCCCCCCGACGCCCGGGCAGAUCCAGAGCUUCUUGCAGGUGGUGGAGGAGGCCAACGCCCGCGGGGAGGCUGUGGCGGUGCACUGCAUGCUGGGACACGGCCGGACGGGCACCAUGCUGGCCUGCUACCUGGCGAAGGCGCAGAAGAUGAGUGGCAGCGAUGCCAUCCGUGAGAUCCGACGCCUGCGGCCUGGCUCCAUCGAGACGCGGGAGCAGGAGCAAGCUGUAAUCCAGUUCUGCCAGCACAUGUGUGCUGGAGAGGACAGCGAGGAGGCGUGAGCAUGACCAUCUCCGCAGGGAAGCGUGUGCUGGAUGGGUUCAAUGGAGACGGUCACUCUGAAAUGGUGGGGGGCCUUUCCCAGUCCCAAGGCACUGCCGUCUGUCCCCUCACGCAUUAAAGGA